CCUUUCCCUGGAUGCACAAGCUGGUGUUCAUGUUUUUUUUAAAGAACAGAGUAGUUCUAGAUAAAUCCUAAGCUUAUCACGAGGGGCAACAUGAUGCUGAAACACGCGCUUUUUCUGUGCUUGUUCGAAUGGAUUAUAGCGAGAAUUGCAUGAUCUACUCUGACUUGCUUUAUUAGUGAAACUUCUUAUUCAACGCAUUUGCUUUUCAUCUCUGAGUGCACGUUUAUUCAGGUAUGGGUGUUAUGUUCAUUUAAGCAGAAACAGCUGGAAGAUUUAAUCUCGCUGUCUAUAAGUGCACAGUUUCAAGAGUUUUGUCUUUAUACGAACACCAUCUGCAUUUCGGUUAGCAUAUCGCUUAUGACUCUAAAAUUUGUGAACUUGUUAUAAUUUUUUUGGGGAGAUGCUAUAAAAGCCAAAAAAAAUAAUUAUAUUUUAAAAUUAAUUAAGCAAUUGAGGAAUACGAUGUGAAUUGUAUUCAAAACAGGUUAUUUCCUCAUGCCUAUAUUUUACCCUCUAAGUCGAACUCCCGAUAAUUCUCGUUUUCUAUUCUUUUGGUCUCGAUUUAAUUGAAGAUAUUCUACUUAACGUAUUCGGGUAACAAUUAAAAUCAGCACAAUCAGGGAAUGGAUGAUACACGAGCCAAGGACCGACCACCAGAGUUUGAUGAUGUAUUUGAGCACGUGCAGUCGUUUGGUCGCUUCCAGCGUAUUCUUUACCUCUGCACACAUCUGCUCAUUAUACCCGUCAUGCUUCACUUCAACUUGAUGAUCUUCGCCAUGGGCACCCCGCAGUUCCACUGUGACGUCACUAACACCACGUGUCCUCCUAACGAGUGUUGCAAGAACUGUACUUCGUACGCGUUUGAUGGGCCUUUUACAAGCAUCAUUUCUGAGUGGAAUCUGAUCUGCGAUGGUGCAGCACUUGGUGCGACAGUCCAGUCCUGUCUUUUUGCUGGGAUGCUCGUAUCAUGUCUGUUUGCUGGAUACUUGUCAGAUAUGUUUGGGAGGAAGAAAUGCAUGUUCACAAGUGUCGGGAUCAUGUCUGUAGCAAGCCUAGCUGCGUCAUAUGCGCCUUCUCUCGUCGUUUACGCUUCUCUUCAGUUCUUUGUUGGACUUGGCAUGAUGAGCUUUAUGUUAUCCCUAUUCACAUUUGGCGUAGAAAUAGUUGGGCCGAGCUGGCGAACAAUGGCUGGGAAUCUGAACGGGAUGUAUUGGGCGUCAGGCGCUUUUCUCGGCAUCCUUUUGGCGUACUACAUACGGGACUGGCAAACACUCACUCGCAUCUCCGUUGCGCCAAUGUUCCUCUUCCUUUUCUUCGUGAGAGCUUAUCCAGACUCCCCUCGCUAUCUCUUGGUCAAGGGACGUGUGGAGGACUCUAUGAACAUUCUCAUGAAGUUCGGCGGAAAAGGCGUACAGCCUAAACCUGAGGUUCUACGGGCACUUCUUGAAGAUAUCUUGAGAGCCGAAAAGAAAACAGUCAAAACAGAGAAAAGAUACACUCCAUUGGAUUUGAUCCGUACACCUAAAAUGAGAAAGUUUAUGUUUCUUAUGGGAAUCAACUGGUUUGUAACGGCGACGAUGGAUUUCGCCCUCUACCUGUCCGUCACAAGCCUUUUCGGAGACAUCUACUUGAACUUCUUCUUACUGCAAUUCCCGACUUUGCCACUUAUGCUGAUCGCUUGGGUAGCAAUGAAACGCCUGGGUCGACGCGUCACCUCUAUCACAGCAAGAGUUCUUGCGGGUCUUGUAUGUCUCUUGAUACUCGCUGUACCUCAAGAAUACCCGAUGGCAAAGUCAUUGCUGUCCAUUGGUGGAUACUCUAUCAGUUAUGUCACAUGGCCUACCUGUUACUUGAUGACUUCGGAGCUGUUUCCGACGGUACUUAGAAACACAAGUCUCGCCACUGGUUCGAUAUGCGCGCGCAUCGCCGCCCUCAUCGCCCCAUACAUAGCGAUGCUGGGCCACCUCCCUGGCGUAGGGAUGACUGUCCCAAUCGCAGUGUUCGGCGGCCUCGCUAUCGCGACAGCCAUUGCCACCCUGUGGGUCCCCGAGACCUUGUUCGCGCGCAUGCACCAGACGGUGGAGGAAGCCGAGGCGGCUACAGACUAUUAUGGGAUGCCUUGCUGUGGUCGCCAACACGUGGAGCCUGGGUCGGGAGUUGUCAAUCCAGCAGUGGCGGAGGAAAGCGCAGUUGAGGAAAAUCGCAUUGACGUCACUUUAAAAAGUUUAAGAGCUGUGGCGGAGAAUGGGACAAGUCUUUUUGAUAAUAAAAAUGAUGGAGAGGAAGUUACAUCACUUUGAAAAAAAAGAUGAUCUAAUCAUAAGGCUAUUAAGUGUUGAUAUUGUUUUGUGUUUGAUUGUUUGAUUUGUUUGUUCUGUUUUUCUUUAUGACAAAAAAAUGAUUAGAUGAAGCUUAAGGGGAAGGGGGGUAAGCAUUCAAUAAUACGUAAGAUGAUAUUGAAAGAGCAAAACAUGUAAAGAGGUACAAUAAAAAUCUAUUUUCAAAUUGCAAAA